UUAAAGCCCAGUUUACAGCUCCAGACGCCACUGAUGAUGUUCAGCACUCGCUUACAAGAUUAUUAAAGAUCAGGACUAUUCUGGAACCUCUCGGUUAUACCAGUGUAUAACACCGACACUACAAAUGUUGGCGGUCUCCCGAAUCUGAUGUGUUCAUUUCAGGGUUUGGAGUGUCUCCUAAUGUCCUGCUGAGCUGAUUCAGGUGUGUUUGAUUAGAGAGAGGUUGAACAUGUGUACUGUUGGUGUGCCUGGUGUGUUUGGACAGACGAUAAUGCACAAUUAAAAGCAGAAUCUAACUCAUGUUUGGUGUGAACCAUUCCCAUCCUUCAUCUAGUCUUACAGCAACACUCGCCAGUGUGGGAGCGGCCAGUAUUCCCAGUGCUGGACUGGUCACCAUGCUGCUCAUCCUGACGGCGGUGGGUUUGCCCACUCAGGACAUCAGUCUGCUGGUGGCGGUGGACUGGCUGCUGGACCGCUUCCGUACCUCAGUGAAUGUGGUGGGAGACUCAUAUGGCGCAGGUAUCGUCUAUCACCUGUCCAAGGCAGAGCUGGACGCUCUGGACGCCCAGCACGGGAAGACUGACGACAUCGAGAUGAUGACCAAGACCCAGUCCUACUAUGAUGACCUCAAAAACCAUCAUGAAAACAACUCCAACCAGUGCGUCUUUGCUGCUCAAAAUUCAGGCUUAGUAGAUGAUUGCAAGGUAACCCUGGCGGCCACCAACGGCUCGACUGCGGAGAUCACAGUCGUUGAGGAAGAACCCUGGAAAAACGAUUAAAAACCCCCGACCCAACCCAAAAGCAGAGACAACCAACCUACAUCCAUGCACAUAGAGCACAAACGGCUUUCCUAGAUGAUUCCUGUUCGUUUCUAACCUCUUUAACUAAAUAUAAACACACGUAACACGAGAAUGUGAGGCCCAAAGCUGACACGCUUGUGUAAAGUAUUCUCCACGCCAGUACACUUCAACACCGUUAUGUUUGAGGAGUGUUUAUCAGACACACACUGCCUGUAGCUGCCCACCAUAUGAACCUCCUCGCUCACCGUAGAUCCUCUCUGUCCAAUCACAGCGUUUCUCAUCAGCCUCAUAGGGUGUUGCUAGGACACAGACGACUGUAUGGCACACGUGUGUGUGUUCUGUGUGUGUGUGUGUGUCUCAAGAGCACAAACACCUUUCAGGCCAGUAUAUUUACAGUUCAGGUUUAACCACAGUCCUUCAGAUGUACCGAAAUAUGCAAUGCAAGCCUUACGUUUCAUUCCUAAUCAAGCACAAAUCAUAAAUCGAUAUAUUUAUGUCGCACAACCAAAACAACGGCUGAAUCACGAGCUCCAGAAGUGCAUCUUUUAAACUGACGCGGCUAUUUUUAUAUACGCUAAACCGGGUUUGGCUUUAUUAACCAAUUUACACAUCUGAUAUAUGCUGACAAGCCAUCUACACUAGUCCACAUCUGCUCAGAGCAUUCCCCAACACUGAUGAGAUGUAGAAGUAAACUCAGGCUCCUCCAUAACCCCAGUGUAUCUGUCGGGGACAUGAACAUUCCUGCUGCAGAGCGAGAGCGUCUGAAUGAAGCGCAUGCUGGAGAGAAUCAAUGUUUACCUGUUUUUAUAAUCCAGUGUUUUUAAAUACCUAAUGCCUUCGUGUCUUUUACUACUGACGCUGUUCUUUAUUUCCUUCAUCGCACUUUUGCAUCCCUUUUAAAAGAUUUUACCUCAGAAAAACACAUUCGCCAAGGCUAUCGCACCCAACGCGUCGCUCAAAUCACUGGACGUAUUACGACCACUCAUUUUAAAGAGGAUUUUAUACGUAAGCUGAUCCAAAACACUACCUCUGGAUGUCCGUCCUCUUUCACCUCCUCCAGACGACUGUUUCUGAGCCCCGUCAUGCUGCAAAAACAUCACUUCCUGUCCGAUCGACCAAUCACACGCGUCCACAUACCUCACCAAGCCAAUCAGAGAUUCACAUUCGAAAUCACAGCUAAUCCCAGAUUUGGAUUCUAGAUCCCUAAUGUGUCUAACCGCUUCGCUAACUAAACAGUGUUAUAAUCUUGAAAACAAGCGCCAUAUGAACACGCACCAUAAUGUGAAUUUAGGCUGACGUGUCCAGCGUCGCCCCCUGAGCCUCCGUCGUGUUUGAUCUCACUGUUAGCUGCAUGGACAUUUAGUGUUUUGCACCAGUUUCUUAAAGUAAGCAUGCAUUUUGAAGUGCCUCCUUGCACUUUGUGUAUAUACUGAAGGCAGCGGCGCUGCUAGUGCGGGAAACUGGGGGUCCUAUACGCCCCCACACCGAGGGCCCAAAAAUUCUACCAUUCCGCAUUUUCUACUGAGGGAUUCUGACCCAAUGAAAUGUACUGUACGGAGCCCCGAACUCCUAGCGGCGCCACUGAUCGUGGGUAACACCAGUAUGAUAUUUUCAGUCGUAGAGUCGUGGAGAUAGUGUUUAAUUGAUGUGAGCGUUUUAAUGGAAGUGUUUUUGUAAUCCUGUAGCGCUGUAUUCCCUCAUCGUGCUGCAUUAAAUACUCUAGUCAGAUGUCUAGAAGCGUAGUGAGUUUAACUCUCAUUUCAGCAGUUUCAUAUCCUGAUCUGGAAUGUUUUUAUUCUUCCCUACAGAAAUAUAUAUAUAUAUAUAUACAUGUGUGUGUGUGUGCGUGUGUGUGCGUGUGCGUGUCCCCUGCAUUUAUAUGACAGAAAUUAAAAAUUAUAAUCUAACAUGCGACUCAAAAAAGAAAACUGCAGAAGAUAUUUGUAUAUUAUAUAUGGCAUCUCUAAAUAUCCAGCCUAUAUUUUUGAGGAUGUUCUGCGAUAGACCUUGUGGUAGUCUCCUAUAUGAUUCUGUGUUAUGUACAUCAACCGUCUGGAACAUCAGGAUGAGAUAUGCUGACCAUAUAUAAACGCACACUGUCUGACGUCUGCUCUUGCACUCCAUAUAUUUCGCACACACAAAGGCAGGCACAAUUCUGACGUCGAGCAUUAUUAGGAUAACCCAUGUGUAUUCUUACUUAACCGCCUUCAUCUGGAAGCGUCACUAGUCGAUGGUUUACAUCUCUGACGGUGUGAGCUCGUCUCUUCUGCUCCUCACCCUUUUCGUGAUGUGAUUUUUUAAUGCAAAGGGAGAGAAAACUAUAAAGGAAUGUGGUGAAAUAAAUGAUUUCCUGUGUCAUAGCUGUGAAAUAAAAGUGUGUUCAUGCAUAUCAAUAUGUGUUGUACCAUUGGUGUACAUACAGUUAUUAUAACUAAUAAAUGUUGAUUCAUAACUAA